CCCACAUACGUUCUGCUCGUACUUCCCCAUCUUCAUUUUCAUCAUCUCAGAUACUCCAGAAAAAUGGGUAAUGAUGGAGGCAGUAUCCCUGAUCGACGAGAUCUCGUCAGGAGCAAGCCGAAGGCCGAACAGGCAGACAAAGCAAAUCAGACUCGCGCGCGCUGGUUCUUCUGCGCAUUGUCGAAGCGUCCGCUGCAGGAACCUAUCGUAUCCUGUUCUCUAGGCAAGCUAUAUAAUAAGGACUCACUAUUAGAGUUCCUGCUAGACAGGGGUGCUUACGGAGACGGCGAAGAAAUCUGUGGUCAUAUCAGGUCACUUAAGGAUGUGACGACGCUCAGGCUAACACAUAAUCACACCAAUUCAACCACUUCUGACGAAUCUCUGGACCGGGCAACGUUCAUGUGUCCGUUGAAUUUCAAGGAGAUGAACGGCUCGCAGCCAUUUGUGUAUAUGUCGACCUGCGGAUGUGUAUUCUCCCUUGCCGGUCUGAAAGCGGUGUCUGGCAGCGCCUCCCCCGCCGAGCGGGAAAGCAAGCUAGAACUGGACGAGAAAAGGAAGGAGAAGGAGCGAGAGGCUGAGAGCAAGCAGCUAGACGUCUGCCCGCAGUGUGCGACUAAGUAUGAUCGCACCGUCGAUAUUAUUACCCUCAACCCGUCGCCAGAGGAGGGUGCGAAAAUGCGCGAGGCCAUGGAGCGUCGGCGGGCUGCUGAGCCACCGAAGACGAAGCGCAAGAAACGGAAGGCUGUGACAGAACCGGCGGAUGUUGCAAAGCCAGAAGCGAAGAAGAGACAUGUCUCACCCAUUCCUUCGAUGAACCCCAGCAUUGCGGCGACGAGCAAGGCUGUGGCAGCUAGUCUUGCGGAGGAGGAGGCGAAGCGGAAGGCGCACAUGAGCGAAGCAGUCAAAUCUCUAUACAAGUCGAAGGACAACGGUAAGAGGGAGACGUUUAUGACGAUGGGGACAUUCACUCGGGUACGUAUCUCGUUUCUAACGCUCGAGCGAGAAUGCUGACUGUUUCUUGCAGUAUGCUUGAAUUGCUGGUGUUUGGAGGUUGUUACGUUCAUCACAUGUUUUCUAAAUCAGACUUCAUUGUAGUUUGUAG